AAAUUUUCCUCUUUCGUGCUCCUCCGAUUGCGUUAUCUUCUCUCUCAAUCCCAGCCCUACUUCUCUGCAAACACAACAAACUUUGAUCGCUCUCUAUAUCAACUUCUCUUCUCUCUGAAUCUUGCUCUCACCGAACCCGAAUCUUGUAUACCUCCCCAGCCUUCACAACCGUCGCCGAAUCUCUGAUCUUCAAGAACCCUCGAUUUUUGACAUCAAUUUUGUUUGUCGAGACAAAUUUUUCUUUCGGAAUUAUAAUAUUACCCUUUUCUUUUUUACCAACGCAGUAUAUAUAUUAGUAUUGUUUUUGGAUAAGAUUUCGCUUGAUCGAAACCCUAAACUGUAAGGAACUCCUCUGAUUCGAUUUGAUUUCCUAGAAAUUUACGCAAAAUUAUACAUUUCGCUUCCCUCAGAUUCUUUCUUUCGUUUGCACCUCUUGGGGCCGAUCUGGGAACCGAGCAGAAAUGGUGGGCGGUGGAAGCAGGAGAGACGAUGGGUCGAUGGUGAUCAACAACACCAACGUGUUCGCUGCGCUCGAGACUCUGCGGAAGAAGAAGAAAUCCGAUAAGGACCGCAAGAGCGGCAGCAAGGCCCACUCCUCCAAGUCCCAUUCCGCCUCAGCCCAGGCCGAGGCCAAGGAGCCUGAACGCCAGGUGUUUUGGACCCCGGCCCCGUUGAAUGUCAAGUCCUGGGCCGACGUGGACGACGAAGACGACGAAGACUACUACGCCACUGCUGCCCCGCCGCAGACAGCCUGGGGCGCGGCGGAGGAGCAGCAGCAGCAGAGUAAAGGGCAGGACAGCCACUUAGAGGAAACUGAGAGUGAAGAUGAUAUUCUUGAUGAAGGCGAUGAUGAUGUAGAGGAUGAGCAUGACCAUGAACCAGAGGUUCCAGUACAUCCUGAACCAGUGGUGAAGAAAAAUCCUGAAGUUUCUGAGCCACCUAAGGAGACGGAGAGGCAGCUUUCGAAAAAGGAAAAAAAGAAGAAGGAGCUUGCAGAACUUGAGGCCCUUUUGGCUGAUUUUGGAGUUACCCAGAAUGAGAGCAAUGGUCAAGAUGAGUCGCGCGGUGCGUCACAAGAGAAGAAAGAUGGGGAGGCUAAUGCAGAUGGAGAAAAGAAGGAAAAUGCCUCUUCAGAGUCCAAAAGCGCCAAGAAGAAGAAAAAGAAGGAUAAAAAUUCCAAGGAAAUGAAAGAAGCCCAGGAUCAGCCCAACUCAGAAGUGACCAAUGGGCCAGAUGAAGCUGCUGGUACUGAACAGACAGAGGAGGAUGCAUCUGCUGUUGAUGUGAAGGAGCGAAUAAAGAAGAUGGCAUCUAUGAAGAAGAAGAAAUCUAGUAAGGAGAUGGAUGCUGCUGCUAGAGCUGCUGCUCAAGAGGCUGCUGCAAGGAGUGCAAGACUUGCUGCAGCAAAGAAGAAAGAGAAGAACCAUUACAACCAGCAGCCAGUGCGGUAAACAAUGUUUUUGUUGGCAGACCUUUCUUCAACAUCCAUAUAGGAAUACGCAUCUCUUGAUGUUCAGAUGAAAGUACGAAAUAAACUUGGCUCUGGUUUUGUGAAGAUGACUUUUAGUUGUAUUUCAGUGGGACUGAAGGAGGUUUCUUUCUGGCUUUUUGGAUCUUAUGGUUGGUCAAUUAUCGUGGGACAUUUCAUUUUGACAGUUUUGCUCAUUGAAUAUUCUUCCUUGGAAACUGGAAAGUAGUUCAACUUGAUAGCUCUGUAUUUUUGUA